AUGGGUCUGCGAAGGUAUUUUCCGGCCUUGUUCACCCAAUCGGCGGAUUCCCCAGUUCGCUCCCGAGACGCGACCCUGUACUUACUGCGCUGCGUCUUUUUAAUGGGCGUCCGCAAUCCACCAGCCAAGUUUUUCGUGGCCUACGUACUGUGGUCUUUCGCACUGAACUUCUGUUCCACGUUUUAUCAGCCCAUUGGCUUCCUCACAGGCUAUAUCAUCCAUUUAUCAGAGUUCUCACCAGGAGAGUUUCUAACGUCGCUGCAGGUGGCCUUUAAUGCUUGGUCCUGCUCUACAAAAGUGCUGAUAGUGUGGGCAUUAGUUAAGCGCUUUGACGAGGCUAAUGCCAUUCUCGACGAGAUGGAUAGGCGUGUCACAGAACCCGGAGAGCGUCUACAGGUACAUCGCGCUGUCUCCCUCAGUAACCGUAUAUUCUUCUUUUUCAUGGCUGUCUACAUGAUUUAUGCCACUAAUACGUUUCUGUCGGCGAUCUUUAUUGGAAGACCACCGUACCAAAAUUACUACCCUUUUCUGGACUGGCGAUCCAGCAAUUUGCAUCUGGCUCUGCAAGCCGGCCUGGAAUACUUCGCCAUGGCUGGCGCCUGCUUCCAGGAUGUAUGCGUUGAUUGCUACCCAGUCAACUUCGUCCUAGUCCUGCGUGCGCACAUGUCGGUCUUCGCGAAGCGCCUUCGACGUUUGGGAACGUCCGCUGCUGAAAGCCAAGAGCAGAGAUAUGAACAACUUGUUGAGUGCAUACAAGAUCAUAAAGUUAUUCUGCGAUUUGUUGACUGUCUGCGUCCUCUUAUCUCUGGUACCAUCUUCGUGCAGUUCUUGGUGGUGGGGUUGGUACUAGGCUUUACCUUAAUCAACAUUGUCCUGUUCGCGAACUUGGGUUCAGCCAUCGCAGCGCUCUCAUUCAUGGCAGCCGUUCUUCUAGAGACGACUCCCUUCUGUAUACUGUGUAACUAUCUCACGGAAGACUGCUACAAGCUGGGGGAUUCCCUGUUUCAGUCAAAUUGGAUUGAUGGAGAAAAACGUUACCAAAGGACACUAAUGUUCUUUCUGCAGAAACUACAGCAGCCGAUAACCUUCAUGGCUAUGAACGUAUUUCCAAUAUCUGUGGGAACUAACAUUAGUGUCACAAAAUUUUCGUUCUCCGUCUUUACUCUCGUAAAGCAAAUGAACAUAGCUGAGAAACUGGCAAAAUCUGAGAUGGAGGAGUGAUAUAAUAAGGGUUUUCUGGUCAUUAAAUCAUGCAGGAAACAACUUAAUGUACACGUUAAGAAAAAAUGUGACGUACAGUUUUUGUAAUCCCACAUAUUAAACUCAACUUAGUAUUUAUAAUAUCUAAUCUGAUGGAAUUAGACAUACAUUUAUAUUCGUGCACCAACAAUUAAUAGAUUAAACAACAAAGUAAUACAAAUAAAAGUAGUACACUAAGUAAAGAUUUCCUAUCUAGAUAUACAUGUACGUGCAUGUUGGUAUGUAUGUUUCUCAGCGGCACGCUUCUGGUAUUCCAUAAAAUGCACCGGUUUACUAUUUAUGUUUUUUUUUUGUCGGCUUUAAUUUUAUGAUCGGCUGUGGGCAUGUGAGUUUUUAUUAGCGGAUUGUUAUUGUCACUUCUCUGAUAAUAUAUGUUUUGACGCUGUACUUUCUUGAAGCUGCGGGAUACUGGACACAAUCCUUUCAAGAGUAUGGGGAUGGUCACGACGCCGCUGCACUGAUCUCUUGUAGGUCUUUACUUAUUUCAAUAUCUUCAGAAACACCAACAAUACCGCGAUAAAAUCAAGGCUGUUCGCCUAGGAACUCUUCUUUUUGAUCGAUUACUUCCACUGUGUUGACCACAUUGGCUGUAUUUUCUGAGGCCUUGGACUCCUUGCCGCCCAUCUUGAGACUUCUUUUAUAUCUCUUUGGAUUGUAGGUCUUCCUUUAGGAGGAUUCCUUUAUCCUUCCAGUCCAGGACUCUGGAAUCCUGGAAUUUUGCGCAGGAUUAGAUCUUCGCUCCUCUAAACACUUUAAUUUGGACCGAAAUCCUUGGCUCUUAAGACGGUCUUCUUCCGAGAAUGACACCUCCCGAGAAUAGACCUCCCGAGAAUGGCUUUCCGAGAAUUGAACACUUUAUGGGGUGCUGGGGUCCUUUUAUACCGUCUUAGAGCUUUCUCUGGACUACUCCGGUCAUCGGUCUAUAGGUCUAUGUGCCCGUUACUAAAGUAGAAUUUUCAUGUGAACGAUUGCGGCC